AUGGCCAACAGACUGUCAUUUUCUGUUCCGAUCUUCUUGACAGCCUUAUUAUGUAUGACUGUAACAUGCUUUAACGAAGAUCAAACUGUUCUUCUCCAAUUCAAAGCCCAUAUUGCUUCUAAUCCUCUAAAUGUUUGGCCAUACAACUGGUCCUCCGCAACCUCCGUUUGCCACUGGACUGGCAUUUCUUGCGGCAUUAAUGGCCGAGUCACGGCCUUGAAUCUUCCCAACAUGGACCUGUACGGCACUAUCCUUCCAUCCUUGGGUAAGCUCUCGUUGUUGUCGGUUCUCAACGUGAGUGGGAACAGUUUCCAUGGCCAUUUGCCAUCUGAAUUGGCCAACUUGCAACUUUUGGAGCUCAUGGAUUUGAGCCACAAUGAGCUUAGUGGUGGAAUCCCUCCAUGGUUUGGCAACUUAACCAAGCUUCAGUAG